GGCAUGCCGGGGGGAGCCGGGCUCCGGAGCAGGGUGGCGAGCGGCUUCCCGCGCCGCGGGCCCCGAGGGCGAGGGCGGCCGGAGAGGGACGAGGAGGCGGCCGCCCUCCUGGAGCGCCCGGAGAGCGAGAACGAGGAGGCGAGCGGGGCGAGCGGGCGGCACCGCGGGGCCCGCAGAGCGCGGAGGGCGCACCUGGCCGCGCUGCCCGAGCGCUACGAGCCGCCGGAGGAGCCGGCGCCAGCCGAGAGGCCCGCGAGGAGGCACCGGCAGAAGCUGAAGAAGUGCGGCAAGAACGUUGGCAAGGUCAUCACCAAAGGAUGCCACUACAUCUUCCUUGGCCUGCAAGGCUUCGCCGCGGCCUACGCCUCCCCCUUCGGGGUGGCCACCAGCGUGAUGUCCUUUGUGCGUUAGUGGGAGCUGCUGGGCCAGGUGCCACGAGCCCCAGUGGAAGCCGUUGCUCCGGGGACGGUGUGAAUCCGGGAGCGUUUCAGACUUGAACUCACAGAAUACUUGCAAGAGAAAAAAAAUGUCUGUCUUUGUUGAACUGGAUGAGUGUUGUGAAUGAGUCGUCUUGCCCAUCUGCUGAGCUUCUCACGAUUCUUGGACACAAAUGGACACAGUGGACAAUCCCACAGAGAAGUAGGCCGAGGUUAGGUUUGGGAUCGGAAUUAUGUGGUUUGCUAAAGCCGGAGCCGUCACAUGAGGGUGGCAGGCGCUGGCGUGGCAGUGAGCAUGUUAGGCUCGAGCCGUGUGGGUGGUAGCAGAGUGGCUGUUGUGAGGGGAAGGGAUGUUGACCUGGAGUCAGAUGAUUUGCUGGAUUCUCCUGGAAAGGUCGCAGCUGAUGGGCGGCCCUGAGGGCAGCUAAGGAGCCAUUUACUUCUGAAGUCAUUCUCCCCCUUCGCCUUCCUCCCCACUCUGUCACCAGGAGUUUAAUUACAGGCUUCAGAGGGAGGAAGGAAGAAAACAUCUCUUUGAAGGCUGUGAUGCUUUGAAGACUGUUGACAGUGUGUCACGACAGUCUGAAGUAGAUAAAGGCCUGUUGUUCUCACCCAUCUCUACCUGGAUGUGUCUGGCCAGGAGGAGGGGCAAGUUCAGGUGCAGGCUAGGGGCUGGGGCAGAUAUCCAAGGAGCUGCCCCCAAGGGCUGCUGUGCCCAGUGCUGCCCAGUCCUGCCUGCCAUGCGUGUGGGGCUCUCCAGACUCCCCUGCAGACGUGUGGCCUGCUGUGCUCAGUGGCCUCCCCGCAGCUCACCCCUGACAGCUGCUCAGCCCCUCUCUAUGCCAGUCCAUGUGAGGGUGCUUUGUCCUGGGAUGUGGAGGCUGAGGGAGGGCAGAGUGAAGCGUGGAUCUGAAGAGGGAACAGUAUGGAGGAGCAGGUGCAAAGGUAGCAGAAACGAGGCAAGAGGACGCUGCGACGGGGAUG